AACGAACAACAGCUUCGGGGGAAAGCGGGAACAACUUCGGGGCAACAACAUCCGAAACGACCAGCAAGGGUUGAUCGCCGUCUGGAGUUUCGGAACAAGCUGCACGACCCGGCGAAGGGCGGCAGCUUCUACACGGGGUUCGGGGGAACCGCAAGCGCGUAUUUGGAUUUUGGAAGCGG